AUGGGCCAUGAGUUGUGUGGGUUUCAAAUAUGGACGGACUUGGCGCCCGCGGUGCAGCAGCAGCCGAACCUUAUGUUCGCUAAGUGCGUGGUGCAGGCGGGGUCAACUCCCGAGAUGCUGCAGGUGCAGCAGGUAGAGCCCGCGGAUCCUCUUGUUGUUGCUAUUAACCCCUUUAAAGACCUAGGAAACACCACAAAGGAAUGGAUCUGUAAAUACAGAGAUACUGAUGACUACACUAAACUACCACCCCACGUCUUCUACACUGCACGCGUUGCUCUCGAUAACCUCCAUGGCGUCAACAAAUCACAAACCAUCAUCGUAUCCGGCGAGUCGGGUGCUGGUAAGACGGAAGCUACGAAGCAGAUAAUGAGAUAUUUCGCUGCUGCGAAGGGGGGGGCGAUGGACAUGCGUAUUCAGAACGCUAUCAUGGCAGCUAACCCAGUGUUGGAGGCGUUCGGUAACGCCAAGACUAUCCGUAACAACAACUCUUCUCGUUUCGGGCGUUUCAUGCAGCUUGAUGUAGCAAAGGAGGGGGGUAUUCGCUAUGGUAGUGUUGUUGCGUUUCUGCUUGAGAAAUCGCGUGUUCUCACCCAAGACGAACAGGAACGUUCGUACCAUAUCUUCUACCAGCUGUGCAAGGGGGCUGACGCAAGCAUGCGUGAACGUUUCCACCUGCUUUCUCUGGACCAGUACACAUACAUCAACCCCAAGUGCUUCGACGUGCCCGGCAUUGACGACUUAGCCGACUACAAGGAGGUCUGCGAUGCGUUCAAGUCUAUGGCCCUCACAGACGAGCAGGUUGACUCAGUGUGGAGCGUUGUAGCCGGAGUGUUGUUGCUUGGAAACGUGCAGAUCACCGCGACAAAGCAGGGCGGCAUGGAUGAUGCUGCUGCUAUUGAAGGCGCGAAUCUUCAGCUUUUCAAGGAAGCUUGCGGUCUGCUGUUCAUCGACCCAGAUGAAGUAAUGAGGGAACUGACAACAAAAGUCACAUACGCCGGGGGUCAGAGAGUGGAAAGCCGCUGGAGACAAGAGGACGGUGACAUGCUCAAGUCCUCCUUAGCGAAAGCAAUGUACGACAAACUUUUCCUGUGGAUCAUCAGUGAACUGAACAAGUCCAUCAAGCCACCAGAGGGAUUCAAGAAUUUCCUUGGCAUGCUUGAUAUCUUCGGUUUCGAGGUAUUCAAGAACAACUCUCUUGAGCAGUUCUUCAUCAACGUGACAAACGAAAUGUUGCAGAAAAACUUCGUCGAUAUCGUCUUCACGAGGGAGGCAAAGCUGUACAAAGAAGAAAACGUUUCAACAGCUGAACUGGUAUACACAUCGAACGCAGACGUCAUCAAUCGCUACGUCAUCAAUCUGCUCACGGACAAGAAAAGCUCCAUUCUCUCUUCCUUAGAAGAUCAAUGCUUGGCCCCUGGAGGAAGCGACGAGAAGUUCGUGGCUGCGUGCAAGAGCGCAUUCAAGAACAGCACCAAAUUCAAACCCGCAAAGGUUUCCCCUAACAUCAACUUCCUUGUUUCACACACCAUCGGCGACAUUCAGUACAGCGCCGAAGGAUUCCUCUUCAAAAAUAAAGACGUUCUCAGAGCUGAAAUCAUGGAAAUCGUUCAGGCCUCAACUAACGUCGUCGUGAAGGACCUCUUCGCCGGCAUUGUCAUGGAAAAGGGAAAAAUUGCAAAGGGUCAACUCAUCGGCUCUCAGUUCCUCAAGCAGCUCGAAGCCCUCAUGGAACUCAUCAACAGCACGGAGCCGCACUUCGUGAGAUGUGUGAAGCCCAACGAUACCAAGAAACCCUUAGACUGGGUACAGUCGAAGGUGUUGAUUCAGCUGCACGCGCUUUCUGUGUUGGAGGCGCUGCAACUCCGCCAAGUCGGUUUCUCCUACAGACGUCCGUUCAAGGAUUUCCUUUAUCAAUUCAAAUUCAUCGAUCUGGGGAUCACCGAAAGCUCUACCCUCGCCCCCCGCGCUGCUUGCGAAGCUCUUCUAGAGAAAGCCAAGGUCGACAAGAAGCAGUUCCAGGUGGGAAAGAGCAUGAUCUUCCUGAAGCAAGAGGCAGCGAAGCAGCUGACGCUGCUGCAGCGACAGUGUCUAUCUGCCUGGUCGCCGUUGGUGGCCGUAUUAGAAGCAGUUUACUUCCGCCUCCGCCUGAGACAACUCCUUGCAAAGAAACAACGCUAUCUCGUCCGUGCUCAAGCCCACAUCCGCAGACAUAUCGUCGAUCACAACGUUUCCCCCCCCGCGAUCACCCGUCUAUUCUAA